UUCCAUUCCUAAAACAACAACAACAACAAGUGUUGAGCUGAGGCGCGGAUGAAGCAACAGAUACGGAGCCGUGAAUCUUUCAUGUGCAUUGUGUGAGUAACAACUCCAAACUCUCCGCCACUCUCCUUACUCCGUGACCCUCCCAUCUUAGGGACGACUCAGCACAUUUGUGAUGAGGAUGUCCGCCGCUUGCGAGGAAGAUCUGAGGGUUCCGCGGACAGUAAAUUGAUUUUUUUCUCUGUCUUCCUCUCUCUCCCGUGUGUGGAGAAUGGCAGCUAAAAAUAUCCCGGAGAUGUUAGGAUGAACAGGUUGUUGUUGUUUAGCUGAAACUUAAAGACCCGCGGGAAGAUGCUCGGCUGUAGGACAUUUUAAUUCUCCUCACAGACAAAGUUCGACUGGAGCAGGAAAGAAAAAGAAAGGAUCCGUCAGUGCUGAUUUCUGUGGUUCAUUCCGACCUACGUAGAGAACAGAGAGCAACAGACGAGCUUGGAAGCAGCUUGUUGAUGGCACUGCGCACCGGGAGGACUUGGUUUGGGCAGGUCUUGCGCAGGGUCUCUCGGCUGCAAGGCUCCUGGUCCAGGCGCUCGAGCAGUCUCUUGUGUCUCUCCACUAACCAGGAGCAGGAUUUGGGCUUCUGCCACCGGGAUCACAACAAGGCGGGGGGCUCCAACUCCGGCGUUCACCGGAGCGCACCUUUCCGCGCCUCCGCCUCCAGGCGCUGUCCACACGGCUAUCCCCACGCUUGCUGCGUCUUCCCGGAGAAUCCGAGGGGACAUGAGCCCCUCGGUCGCCGGUUCCUGUUGGCCAUGAAGCGGCAAAACGUGCGGACCCUGUCCCUGAUCAUUUGCACGUUUACAUACCUGCUCGUCGGGGCCGCUGUCUUUGACGCCCUGGAGUCCGACUUCGAGAUGCGUGAAAAAGAGCAGCUGGAAGCCGAGGAGAAGCGUCUCCAGGGGAAAUAUAACAUCAGCGAGGAUGAUUACCGCAAACUGGAGAGCAUCAUCAUGGAGGCUGAGCCCCACAGAGCCGGGGUGCAGUGGAAAUUCGCAGGGUCAUUUUACUUUGCCAUCACGGUGAUAACCACCAUAGGCUACGGGCACGCGGCGCCAGGGACCGAUGCAGGAAAGGCCUUUUGCAUGUUUUACGCCGUCCUGGGAAUCCCUUUGACUCUUGUCAUGUUUCAAAGCCUGGGCGAGAGGAUGAACACUUUUGUCAAGUACCUUCUGAAACGCAUCAAGAAGUGCUGCGGCAUGCGCAUCACUGAUGUGUCCAUGGAGAACAUGGUGACGGUGGGAUUUUUCUCCUGCAUUGGCACGUUGUGCAUCGGGGCCGCUGCAUUCUCCCAUUAUGAGGACUGGAGCUUCUUCCAGUCUUACUAUUAUUGCUUCAUCACAUUAACAACUAUUGGCUUUGGGGACUUUGUGGCCCUUCAAAAGAAUCGGGCCCUCCAGAAGAAACCCCUUUAUGUGGCCUUUAGCUUCAUGUACAUCCUGGUGGGCCUUACGGUCAUCGGGGCCUUCCUCAAUCUAGUGGUGCUCCGUUUCCUGACUAUGAAUAGUGAGGAUGAGCGGCGGGAUGCCGAGGAACGGGCCUCACUCGCCGGCAAUCGGAACAGCAUGAUCAUCCACAUCCAAGAUGAAUCGCUGCACCGGGCACGGCGGCGACGGGAGCCAUACCACGCAGAAGUGACUGAUCUGCAGUCAGUGUGCUCCUGUAUGCACUAUCACUCGCAUGACAGCCCUAGUCCGGGGAUGGGAGGCCUGGGCUGUGCCUUUUCCCACAAGAACUCAUUCAGCUCACAGCUGAACCCCAACCAGUACUUUCACUCGGUUUCCUAUAGGAUUGAGGAGAUCUCGCCCAGCACCUUGAAAAACAGCUUCUUCCCUUCGCCCAUCAGCUCGGUGUCUCCAGGCCUUCACAGCUUCACAGACAAUCACCAGCUCAUGAGGAGAAGGAAAUCUAUCUAGACCCCAAC